GAUAAAGAGUUUGAAGAAGCAAAUAGCGUGUACGAGGCUCAAUGCGUAUAUUUAAAGAAACGAGGACUUGCCAAAACUGAACACAAGCCGCCAAUAGCCGGCGAAGACAUCAACAAACUAUACGAAAGCGGCGUUUUCAAUACCGACAGUCCCGAUACAUUGCAAAACAAAGUCUGCUUUGAAAUUAUGUUCUUCUUCUGUCGUCGAGGAAAGCAGAAUCUCCGUGAACUAAAGAGGGACGACUUCGCCAUUAAAACGAACCCACAAGGACAGCGAUGUGUUGUCAUAAAAACGGACGAACUCACGAAAAACCAUCGUGUACACGACGCUCAAGCCGAGGAAGGGGGAAUGAUGGUUGCCAACGAUAGUCCCUACUGCCCUGUGUAUUCGUUCGAGGAAUAUUUCACCCAUCUUAAUCCACUCAACGAGUUUCUUUUCCAAAGACCGAAGCGUUGCAGUCCUUCUGACGGGAUAAUUUGGUAUGACAAUAUGGUCGUCGGCGAAAACACGCUUGGCAAGAAGAUGAAAGUACUAUCGAUCAAAAGAAGCAAAGCUUUCCGUUGA